CAAUGUCGAAUUCUCUAAAAUAAUCUGCACCUUUAGCUACUAUUAAUCAGAAAGGCAAUAAUCCAUUUCCAAAAUAUGAAGACAUCCGUAUAGGUCCUCCUAUUGUACGUUCCAAUCCUUAAUAAAUUAAAGACAAACCUUACUUUUAGCAACAAGAUAAAAAGUUAAGUCAAUCCUAAGUUCAUAGAUAAAAAGGAUAGCAAGAAUCAGUAAUUGUUUAGCAUAUACGAAUUAUUUUUAUGUUUUAUGUGUAAUUUGGCAAUAAAACAAACAUUUAAUAUUUAAAAUCAAGUAAAUUCAUAAAAGCAAUGGCAGAUGCUGAAAUAAUUACAUAGGGUAAUUUUAUAUAAUUAUAAUUAGAAAUAACUAGCAAAGAUCUUGAUAUUUUGUAUUACUAAAUAACAAAAAAUACAGAAACUCUAACAUUAGAUUAAUUUAAAGAUUUACUUUUAAAAAUAGCAACUAAAUUAUAUAAAAUUCCUGAACAAUCAAAGUCUUUUGUUUUACUUUAUAAAAAUCAUUUAUCAAAGUUAUUUGAAAAAAUAAAUGAUUAAACAGAUUUUGGUUAAGAUUUAAAGAGAAUUGAAGCAUGUCGUAGUUUAAUAGAUGAAUAAUUUUUGGAAAUAAUAUCUUAGGUAUAAGGAUUAUUGUGUAAAAUACAUGGAUUUAUAUUUUAAGAUUAAAGUUAAAAGAUUUCUUAAAUUUAAAGUUAAUACAUGCAUUUUUUAUAAUAAUUUGAAAUAAUUCCAUUAAUUAUUACUUAGACAAAAGGUUAAAUGAUAUUUUUUGAUUUAUUUCAUAGGGAUUCAAUUUUAAAUUUAAAGAAUGAUGGAAAAUUUAUAUUUAAUUUUUCAAAAUUUGUAGAAAGUUUAUUGAUUAUAUCAUUUCAUUAAGUUUAAGAAGACAAUUAAAAUGGAUUAGAUUUGUUUUUUUAAUUACUUGAAAAAUUGGAGAAUUCUCCAGGAUUUUAAAGUUUUUCAAAAUAAAAUAAUUAAACAAAAAAUGAAUAAACAUAAUUAGUAAUGGCAUUAAGUAGAGUUAAUUCUGCAAAAUAGAGUAGAAUUUCAACAGUUUAUUAAUAAUAAUAAUCAAAUUCAAAUUUAAAAUAAUCAUAAUAAAUAGUUGAAGAUAGUAAAUAAUUAUAAUAUAAUUCAUAAAUACCUUAUGAAAAAGAGUUAAGAAAUGUAUUCGAAUAUUAUUCAUAAAUAGGAGAACCUUUAAACUUAGUAAAUUUAAAAAGUAUAAAAUAUAAAAAACUUCUAUAAAAUUGUGGUAUAAUAGGGACUUUAAUAACUUAAGUUGAUGCAGAUAUGUUUUAUAUUUAAUCAACACCUAAAAAGAGAUUGGAUUCAACCAAAAGUCCAAAAUUUAAAGUAAAUAAAUUAUAUGAUAAUGAUAAUUAAAAUGGUAAAAUGGAUUUUACAAACUUUUAUAAUUCUUUAUAGUUAAUAGCAGAGAAAUUUAAUGGCAAUGAUAUUACAGGAUUGAUUGAAUAAUAUUUGAUACCACAUGAAAAUUAGUUAAGAAUAGAAAAAUAAGAACAUAUAUUAUAGAUUUUAAUGUUGAUUUUAGAUGAUCCAAAAAUAGUAAGUGAAUUUAUAAUUAUAUUUAGAUUAAAUUAUAUGAAAUUAUGUAAGAACAUUUUGAACCAUAUUAUAAUCAUUAUACAAAAGAUUUAAUGACUUUAUCAGGCUUUAUGAAAUUUUGUUAAGAUUUUGAAUUGGCAAAUUCAAUGGUAUCAAAAGGAUAACUUAUGCAUGUUUUUAAAGCAAUUGCAUCUUUAAAUAAUACUGAUACUAUAGAUAGACAUUAGUUUGUUGAAGCCAUAAGUGUAAUCGCUAUUUUAAUUUACAAUAAUGUUAAUGAUAAUGAAUAAAAAGUAAUAUUAAUCUGAUCAAUAGAUUAUCUAUUUAUUAGAAAGAAUAACUUAAAGUGAUGGAGCUAUUAAAGUAUCUAAAUAAUUAGGAAUAAUGAAAAAUCCAUAAAAUACAAAUUUAAUUUAAUUAUUUCGUUAUCAAUCUUAUAAAGAAAUAACAAACAAAGAAGAAGUAAACUUUAAUAAUAUAGUAAACUAAAUAUAAGAUGAUUUUUGA